CUCAGGACCUCCGACGGGCGAAGCGAACUACACUUCGACCCCCUCCUGCUGUCUCAGAGUGGAGAGUACAGCUGUACUGUAGAAGUGGAGGGCUUUCCAUUUCCAUCAACACAAUCCAUUUUCGUCGAUAUCGAUUUUCUAGUUACAAGCCCAAGAAUUGCUGUAAGGGCAAGUCGCCAGGGUCCCUACUACUCUGGUACUGCACUCAACCUGACGUGUGACAUAGAACUGGACCCAGCCAUAGACGUUCCAGUGGUUGAGCGUGUACAGUGGAUCAUUGGUGGUGUGAUAUUCACCCCUCCACUGACAAUAGAUCGAAUCACCAUUACCGAGGAGUCUGUGGUGUUUUUCCCGGUGGAUGUAGUGGACAGCACAGUGUUCAGAUGUGACGUCCAGUUCAGCACUGAGAGUGCCUACCGACCUGGUGGACAGUUUGAGCUC